AUGGGUUUGGUUUACGACUAUGCGUCGAAGUGUUCAAUUGAGAUUCUAUAUGGGUCAAAGAAGGGAGUGAUGACGACUAUGUUGGUAGGAUUAUGGAUAUUGUCAAAUGACCAGAUGAGAGAACCUUGUGAGAUGAGGACUUUUUUUUUGGCCAAAUGGUUUGGACUCGAAAGCCUCGAUGAAGCGAUCACCACGAAAACAGAAGCUAGCCAAGAAAAACGAAGCUCAUCAUCCAUGGAAGGCAUCACUGUCUUCUACUCAUUCAUUUCUCUUCUCUUCAUCAUUCUUGCACUCAAAUUCUACCUCUCAAGAACAACAACCACCCACAAAGACAAAAACAGUCUCCCUUCCGGACCACCUUCUCUCGGAAUUCUUGGCCACCUCUACCUCCUUAAACAACAACCCUUGCAUCACACACUCCUCAAACUCUCUGAAAAAUACGGCCCAAUCUUCUCAUUACGCUUCGGUUCACGCCGCGUGGUUAUCUUGACAUCAAUCCCACUCUUCCAGGAAUGUUUCACGAAGAACGACAUCAUAUUCGCCAACCGACCAAAACAUACCUUAAACAAGUACGUUAGCUACAACAGCACAACCGUCACACAAUCAUCAUAUGGAGACCAUUGGCGCAGCUUGCGCCGAAUCUACACCAUUGAAAUGUUCUCCAAUCAACGUCUCAACACGUUCUUAGGCAUCAGACAAGACGAGGUCAAGCGAUUAUUGCUAAGCCUGUUGUCUAGUGGUUCUCACCAUGGUUUCGCCAAGGUAGAGCUGCAGUCAUUAUUUUUCCAGCUAAACUUUAAUACUAUUAUGAGAAUGGUUGUAGGGAAGAGAUACUAUGGUGAGAAGGAGAAUGAACCGGAAGCGAGGAAGUUUAGGGCGAUAAUGUACGACAUUGCAAACAAUGCGGGACCGACGUAUCCAGGAGAUUUCUUACCCAUUUUGAAGUGGACUGAUUUUGGGAGGUAUGAGAGGAAAGUGAAGAGAAUUGGUCAAAAGUCCGAUGCUUUUCUACAAGGAUUGCUCGAUGAUCAUAGAAGUGCAAGAGGAGGUCCGGAGAGUGAGAAUUCCAUGCUUUCUCGUCUGCUUUCUUUCCAAAAAUCACAGCCAGAUGAGUACACAGAUGACAUUAUCAAAGGAAUCAUAAUGAUCAUGAUGCUAGCUGGAACUGAUACAUCAGCAAUUAUGUUGGAAUGGAUAUUUUCCAAUUUGGUUAACAAACCUGAGAUUUUAGAAAAAGCUCGAGCAGAAAUAAACUCGCAAGUAGGUGAAGAAAACUUGGUCGAGGAGCCAGAACUCGCAAAGCUACGCUACACUCAAGCCAUCAUUUCAGAGACCCUUCGGCUGUAUCCGGCCGCGCCACUCAUGGUCCCGCAUGUAUCGUCAGAUGACUGCACACUUGGAGGGUACCACGUCCCUCGUAACACAAUGGUGUUGGUUAACGCAUGGGCUAUACAAAGGGACCCUCAGCUCUGGGAUGAUCCAACAAGUUUCAAGCCAGAAAGAUUUCUGAAGGGGGAGAAUGAGAAUAGUAAAAUCAUAGCAUUUGGGAUCGGAAGGAGGGCUUGUCCUGGAUCAGGCCUGUCCCGCCGUAUUACUGGAUUGUGUAUAGCGUCGCUGAUUCAAUGCUUUGAAUGGAAAAGGGUGGACGACAAAUUAGUUGCCAUGGAUGAAGGAACGGGAGGUGUCGUCGUGCCAAAGUUUGACCCGUUGAAGACCAUGUGUAAAGCCCGGCCGAUCAUGAAUAAGCUUUUCCCCGAGGCUUUCUAGCCUGCUUGGGAAGGUCGUGUGUAAAGCCCAUCCCAUCACGAAUAAGACUUUGCCAUCAUGGUUGUGGCAAGUGGAAUGUGUCUGUGCGUUGUGUUUCUGUUCCUCGUAUUGUGAUAUCAUUAGUAACUGUAUUUUAAUGUGCGUUAUGUAUUUUAGUAAGGUUGGGCUUCUUGGCUUCUUGUGUUUGAAGAAUAAGUAAAACUCCUAUUAGUUGCUUUGAACUCGAGCCUCUUUAUCUCGAUAUGUUUUUUUUAUUCAUUUUUACAGUGAACCAGAAC